GCGUCUGUCAGUUUUUCAGUUCAUUUUUGUUGUGAUUCAGUUCCUCGGGUGAAAAGUAAAUAAAGUGCGAAAAAUGUUAAUUUGCGAGACGAAAUUGGAUCGGUAAUUUUGCGUAAUCUGUUCCGAUAGCUAAUCGGGAAUCGCUUCCACUCCAACGAAUCGUUCGGAAGUUGCCACAGCAUGGCGCUGACACCAGAUGAAUUGAGGAAGCGGAUUCCCCAGUGGUCACUUGAAUCAGAUGGACAGUUGCUGCAAUAUAUGAGUCAAAUUUCAAAGAAUCUUGAAGAAAAAUGCAAACAAACCCAGGACAACUUGAACCUUCUGCUGAUGGAAAUAGACGAGAGCCAUAUCCGUUUCGCCAACGCGUCCAACAACUUCAAUGGCAUUCAACAGCACAAGUACGUGGAAAAUCGUGUCCAAGACGACGACGAGAGUUUCUACUCCGUUCGUGAGGAAGAAGAAGAGAAGGGCGAAAAACUGCCGUAUGGUGAAAUUUUCCAAAUGACUGUGGAAAAGUCGAUCGCAAACAUGUACACAUCUUUCGAGAAGGUCACAGUUCAGCUUGACAGCGAUAGCGAUAGCGAGGACGAUGAAGAGGAGGCUGCUGCCAGGAAUACUGUGUUGAGAGCUGUUCAGAAGUAUCCGUACAUCAGUAGACCACUGCCGCACAUCAUAGGAUCCCAAGAAUGGAGAGAGAAAUGGCACGCCGGUUUGAUUGAUUCCGAGGAAGAAUCGGACACGGAACCCAAAGAGCAGUACUCAGAUUCCAGUGACAGUGAGCGGAUGUUUCCUUCGCAAACUAACAGCAAUCACACGCCCUCGGAAUCGGAAGGCUCGGUUUGGGGAGUUCAUUCUGACCCGCGACGAAGGGCUGCAUCGAUUGAUCCAAGCGUGUCUGGGGAUGAUGCCUUCUCAAUCCAUUCCAGUUCCAGUGCGAUAAGACCUGUGGGAACGCGGUCUGGUAUGAUCAAUCCUCCAAACAAAGUGCCAGUGUUGCCCGGAUUCAGACCACCUUCACUUUUCCCGGAUAAACCACCGGCAGAUGAUACGAUCAGUGUGUCUUCCAGAAGUAAAGUAGCUAACCUAUUUGAAGAAUCCGAUGAUGAAGAUUCGACACCAACGCAUAAACCGGCAGUUGCAGGUGCGAUAAAUACGCAACCGACCUAUUUUAGGGGAAAUCAGGCGGAGAGGAAAACGGUGAAUCUGUUCUCAGAUGAGCCACCACCUUCGAGUCACGAGCCAACACCUUCGUCGAUAAUAAGCAGUCAUUACCAAAAGAAACCUGUCAACUUGUUCAUCGAUAGCGAUGAAGAUGAUUCGUUCAAUAAUAAUUAUUCAUCGAGAAGUAGCAGUAUUUAUCAGAGCGAACCUCCAGAGUUAUCGAAGCCGUCGAAGAAAAGCAGUAAUCUCUUUGAUGAUGACGAUGAUAAUUCGGAUGUAACACCAAAAGCGACUGCUGCUAAAAUGGUUCACGAGCUUUUCGAUAAGGUCAACAACAACGAAGGAGAUGACGAAGAUGAUCUCUUUGUACCUGUUAAACGAUCGAUCAAUGGUGCGACCGAGAGUGGGAAGUUGGGUGUCCAGAGGAUUACGAAUUUGUUCGACGAUGAACCACCGGAGGAUGAUUUCGAUCAGAUAUUUAAACCCAAAGCGGCUGACCGGAAAAUACCUGGGGCCAAACUAGUACUACCCCCGAUCCUACGCGAAGAGAAUCAGAAGGAAACUAUCAAAAAAGAAAUUGGGAAUAACGGGCCGAAAAAGCAGUUGGAUCGUCCACAGCAAAGCGUUGAACCAGUCCCAGUAGUACUACAACCAACUGUUAAGAAAAAGACCAACCUGUUCGACGAAGAUGAUGACGAGACUAACGAAAUAUUCUCCACAAGCGCCGUGAAACAGGAAACGAAACAAGAGGUCGUUACAAUCAAACCUAAAAUCAAUUUGUUUGACGACGAUAUUGACGAGAGCCCUCAAAUUAUAGAAUCUAACCAUUUGAAGGAUCAAAUCAACGAUCCUAAAUCAAAAGAAAGCAUUACCAGUCAAAGUAGCAGUAUUCGAUCAGCCAUUAUCAAGAAAAAGUCAAUAUUCGACACGGACUCUAAUGAAGAUGAUGAGGAUGACUUCCUGUUUGGGGGAAAGCGUUCUAUUUCCAAUUCGAAGACAAAACAGGAGUCACUUCCAAGUAAGGUAGAACCUGUUGUGAAAAAUACGAUUCCACAGAAUUCGCUUGAGACUUUAAAUGAUACGAUAGUAACUGUAAAAUCAGAGAAGUUUGAUGGAUCACCCAGUAGCGGAAAGGAAAGUCCUGAAAAGCAAAUAAUUGAAUCAGAAUCUAAGCAAGUAACAAGUAACAGUAUUCGAUCGGAAAUUCUCAAGAAAAAGUCGAUGUUUGAAUCGGACUCCAGUGAAAAUGAAGAAGAUGAUUACUCAAUCGGUACACGAUGCGAAGGCCUCACUCAUCUGUCUACUACGACUGUGGUUUCCGAACAAGAUGGUGCAUCAAACCCCGUAAAUAUUCCUACUAUAGAGAGGACGAAAGAAGACAAUAACAGUCGAAAUGAGCUAAUGAACGAGGAAGGCCAUAAUCGAAACGAACUAAUGGACGUAAACAGCAUUGUAAAAGUUUCCGAAAAGCCCCAAAUACCCGAAGAACCACCAGACGAUUCGUUUGAUCACAUGCCAAACUAUCCGGAAGUGUCCAAUGAUAUUGACUACUAUCUCACGACCAAUAAAAUUGAUGGGCCGUCUGAAUCUUCAAAAUCAAUCACAUUAGUUCAGUCAAAUAAUUCCGACUCAAAUAAAGAGAUGGAUGAACCCUCACUGAAAGAGGCUGGCGAUAAAUCGGAACUCUUGUUCGUUGAACCUCCUGAUAUCAAUGACCUGUCGAACAAAACAUCGAUUCUUCAAGAUUCGGAAAAUAAUGAUGUACAUAUAAAAAAUAGUUCCAGUAACAAUAGUGCCUUAAAUUUCAACUCCAUUGGCUUGUUUGAUGAUAUCCCACCUCCAGACGAUUGCUUUGAAGAAUCUCGUACCACAUUACUGGCAGUCGACCAUACCGACGAUGGUUUCUAUAGUGCAGGACCCAAAACGAUACCCAACGCUAUCGGAACAUCAUCUGUUAACACGAACCAAUAUCUGUUUAUGGACAUUGGCGAUGGUCCUCCUCCGGAUGAUGAUGUAGACGAUGCGAAGACAUCACCCACCACUCAAGAAUCAGCCCCUUUCAAGAACAUAUCAUCUAUCAUAGGUGAAGGCAACAAAAACGAGUCCAGCUCUGCAGGAACUCGUGAAAUACCUAAGAUCAAUAGACUGAGCGCGAAAGUUAACAUCAACGUGAAUGCGUUACUGCCAGGGGUUCGACGUCCACAGCCUCCUGCUACAGCGAAGAAAGCUACAGAUGCUCCCGAUUUAUGCGAUGUCCCCAUUCCCGUUGACACAAUCGUGAACCAAUCAACACCAAAUCAACAAGCAGAUUACGAGGCUGGACCGUCAAAGCUUGUUAGCUUGAACAAAGGUCGUGCUAGAAUACAAACGAAACGAAAACCACAAUCUAGGCAAAAUCGAAAAUCCAACUAUGAAAAUAGUUUAGCAUCAGGAACCGUUGAAGAUUUCAUUAAUCAUCAUCCAACCGAACAGCAACCUAAAGAAGAGGUGCGCGUCGUUGUGGGUUCCGAAGAAAGAACCCAACAUGUCGAGAUCAUUGCUGGACAUGUGCAGAUUGAUCAGCUUCUUAGUAGUGAUGUAAUUCAAAAGCUUUCGGAACCGAAACUUUUUGACAACAACACCGAUACAGUGGAUAAACUUCUCAACAUUGACAGCACCAGCCGAACUGCAAAAAUCGCAUCCAUUACACCAGUACCAAAGAAUAUGAACCCACCCGUGAAGGAACCUGUGCCCAAAGCGACGCCCAAGCCUCCUUCAUCGGCGAAACUGUUCAGCGAUGAUGAUUCGGAUGACGAUGAUCUGUUUGGUAAGAUUUCAAAACCAAUUGUGGCGCAGAAUUCCACCGUAGUCAAACAUGAGCCAGAUCGGAAUAAACCUAUUCAACCGGCGGCAGCAUUGUCCACCGGUACCAAAAAGCAGUCACUUUUCGGCGAUUCUGACGAAGAUGAUGAUCUUUUUGCACAGCCUCAAUCGAGUGCGAAGUUAGUACCGAAACCAAUCGGUCGUAAAUCAAGUAAUGAUGAGCCUCCAAGCAACGUUAGUAAAACCAAGAAAAGUAUAUUCGGAUCUGAAGGGGACAGCGACAGCGACGAUAUUUUCGGUGGAUCAAAGAAAGGAGCGACUACGUCAAGCAACAAAGGCGUAUUGAAGGAACCAAAGGCGUCACUCAACACUUCAGCAGUUCCGCCGAGACAUAAAAGUCUUUUUGGAGAAGAUGACGACGAUGAUGAUGAUCUGUUCAGUUCAAGAAGUAAGCCGGCAUCGAAACCUACUUCAUCUCAACCAGUGACAACAACGAAACAAAUGUACAGAAAUCCUACUACAUCGGCGAAGACGACAAUUGAUGAUCCGCUAGCUGAUUUGUUAAAAUAAUGAACCCUGUUGUAUGUAAACACGUAUUCCUGUUAGUACUUGUAGUAUCUGAAUGGCGAUAAACCAAUUUAUACAUAACUCCCAUUUAAUUUCUCGAUCUGUUGGAAGCAAAAGGUAAGACCGUAAGAUCCAUUUAUGAAUAAUACCCAGUUAUUGUCACACUAUGGCUACAAACCAGCAGCACAACUAACGAAUCUUUGGCACGACUGUUCAAAAUAGCUCCUACUGUUGAGUAAGAACAAACACAUCUAGUCAAAAUUUAUCGGACGAUAGAAGAUUACGAGUGAGAGAAAGCGUUUUGUCAAUUCUUUGUUUAUUUCAAUGGCGGCUUAUUUGUAAAAUGGAAAAAGGAUCCCAAAUUAACGAAAAGAAAGAUACAGGAUAAACACGGUAUCACCACGUAGGUUUUUUCGCCAAAUUGGCGUUUGACAAACUGGAGAUCAAUCGCAGAAUGUGAUCUGUAAAGGUUUAGACCACAUUACACUGAUAUAUGAAGGUAAAAAUCGAUACAUACAUUGCUGGAAAUCACAAGAAAAAAAGUAUCCCGGUUUAAAAACAAGGUCCCAGCCGAUGGUGAUGCAAGAUUCGUUGCACAGAAAAGAUUUUUUUUAUUAUUUCGUAUCAUUCCGUUUUUUCCGACUGGCAUUUUUGUUGACAUUUGAAGCUUUUUGAGCAUUUCUUUUCAAAUGGAUAAAAAAAAUCAAAUUAUUGGCUGUUUCUCCAUUUAAUCUAGGUUUAGUAAAUUUAAUUCAGAUGGACGUAUAAAUUAUAUAGACUCAUUUCAAAUUGCAUAUAUGAUAUAAAAUAAAAUAUGGAGCUAUAAAUAAUAUAUUACAAACGAACAAAGUAGUUCUUGUUAUACAUUUUUAUGAAAAAGAAGAAUAGAUUACUAAAACUGCAAAUACAUAUUAUAUAACUAGUUA